UAUCAGCAACCUUUAUACUGUUGACAUUUUGACGUUGUUUAAGGAUGGAGAAAAUGAGUUACACGUUCAGUCAGCAUUAUGAGGAAAAAAUCCGCCCUUGCAUCGACACUAUCGACAAUUUACGUUCUUUGGGAGUCGAAAAGGACCUGGCGUUGCCUGCCAUCGCCGUCAUUGGAGACCAAAGCUCAGGAAAGAGUUCUGUUCUGGAGGCGCUGUCAGGGGUAGCGUUACCCAGGGGUAGUGGAAUUGUUACACGAUGCCCUCUUGAGAUCAAGAUGAUAAGAACUAAAGGCGAAGAGAAAUGGCAUGGGAGAAUCAGUUACAAGAACUACGAGGAAGACAUUAAUGACCCAGCAGAAGUGGAGAAAAAGAUUCGUGAAGCCCAGGAUGAGAUGGCUGGAGCAGGUGUUGGUAUUAGUGAUGAACUCAUCAGUCUGCAGAUCCAUUCUGCCAAUGUUCCUGACCUCACUCUCAUUGACCUCCCCGGGAUUGCACGAGUGGCUGUCAAGGGUCAACCUGAGAAUAUUGGAGAUCAGAUUAAGAAACUGAUCAGGAAGUUUGUUACAAAGCAAGAAACUAUCAACCUGGUUGUGGUGCCAUGCAAUGUUGACAUCGCGACCACAGAAGCAUUGCAGAUGGCUCAGGGGGAGGACCCUGAGGGCGAAAGAACUUUAGGCAUCUUAACAAAGCCGGAUCUGGUGGAUAAGGGCACUGAAGGGACAGUGGUAGACAUUGUGCACAAUGAGGUCAUUCACCUUACUAAAGGCUACAUGAUUGUAAGGUGCAGGGGACAAAAAGAGAUUAUAGAUCAGGUCACUCUUAAUGAGGCCACAUUAACAGAGGAUGCCUUCUUCAAAGACCAUCCUCAUUUCAGCAAACUCUAUGAAGAAGGUUUUGCUACUAUUCCCAAGUUGGCUGAGAAACUAACAAUUGAAUUGGUUCAUCACAUUCAGAAAUCCCUGCCUCGUUUAGAAGAGCAAAUUGAGACAAAGCUUGCAGAAACACAGAAGCAACUGGAGGCAUACGGCAACGGACCCCCAUCAGAUCCUGCAGAAAGACUGAGCUUUCUCAUUGAUAAAGUUACAGCUUUCACUCAGGAUAUGUUCAACCUGACCUCUGGGGAGGAAUUAAAGUGUGCUUCAGAUCUACUGAUUUUUCCAGAACUUCGGGAAGAAUUUGAAAAAUGGAAUGGCUUCUUAAAUCGUUCAGGACAUUCCUUCAAGAAGAAGAUUGAGAAAGAAGUUGAUAACUAUGAAGCCAAAUAUCGGGGAAGAGAGCUUCCAGGAUUCAUCAAUUACAAGACCUUUGAGGGGCUUGUCAGGGAACAGAUCAAGCUGUUGGAGGAACCUGCAUUAAAGACACUAAAGACUGUCUCUGAUGUGGUUAGAAAGAGGUUCGUCCAGCUGGCCCAGUGCAGCUUUAUUGGCUUCCCUAAUCUUCUGAAAAUAGCAAAGACUAAGAUUGAAGCCAUCAAGCAGGAUAAAGAAUCCUUUGCAGAAACCAUGCUGAGGACCCAAUUCAAGAUGGAGCUCAUUGUUUACAGUCAAGAUGGCUCAUACAGCCAGAGCCUGCAGUAUGCAAAGGAUAAAAUGAAAGAGGAAAAUGGCGUGCUCCCAUAUAAAACCCAGGUGGCAGACGUGAGCACAGGCAAUCAUGCCACCUUGCGAGAGAUGAGGUUGCACCUAGAGUCCUACUUCACAAUUGCAAGCAAGCGUCUAGCCGACCAGAUCCCAAUGGUGAUCCGCUAUAUGUUGCUCCAGGAAGCAGCUUUGGAGCUGCAAAGGAACAUGUUGCAGUUGCUGCAUGAUAAAGAUAGUGUGGAAAACCUGCUUAAAGAAGACUUUGACAUUGGACAAAAGCGGGAAGGCUUACUCAGUCGCCAGAAACGCUUGAUGAAAGCACGAAGCCUCCUGGUUACCUAUUAGAAAUCACUUCCAUUAUAUAGUCGAUUGCAACAUUUGUAAUGCAAC